GCCAGCCACAUCCUGCACCAGUCAGCGGCCCAGAGCACCAGCGAGCCAGGAGGUACCGGACGAGAGGGAGAGAGAGAGAGAGAGAGAGAAGACGACUUCGCUCACCGCUGCACUUGGCAAAGUCGCGACAAGGAACAAAACAUUUCUGUGAUUACCGAGGCGCCGCACGAGGACAAAGUGUUUCUGUACUAGUGGUGCAAACAACCAAGAAGCUCCGCAAACCCCAACAGUUCCAGAUGGAGGCCAUGAGGGUAGUGACGUCUCUACUCAUGCUGACCUUGACGGGGCCCAGCCUGGCCUACCCCUUCCGAAGCGCUGGAGGGCGGGGCAGCACGUGGGGGCGAGACCCAGGCCUCGUCGAUUACCUUGAGGGCUACCCGCUCGACGACCAGUACGCCGUGCCGGAGUACGACCCCAACACCCGCUACACCUACGCCGCCGCCCCCCAACGACCAAGAAUAAACAAGGAGGCAGUGGCAGCGUGGCUCAAUGCCGCUCUGGACGACUACAUCCUCAACUACGACACCUAUAACGACGACGAGGGGACGUGGUACAACGAGAUGGCCACCGACGCCAUCCCAGAGCCAAGCACCAACGACGACUCCCCGAUGAUGCAACUGUUCUUCAACCAGCGCUCCGGCAGUUCUGCCCCGUACAGAUACUCGCUGGAGGACCUGGAGAACAUGGAACGCAAGGCCAAGAUGGAGGACAACACGGAGAACCAGCUGCACGCCCUCAUGAACAAGGCCGUGAGCAAGAAGUCCAGCAUGCCAGUCCUCGGGGGCCGCAUGGCUGUGACGGGAGGGCUGCUCGGACAAGGACAGAAGGAGGAGGCCUUUGAAAUCCCCGCCACCUCCGUUAGGCGACCCGUCUUCGCUCGUACCAUCACCACUGAGCCUGAGGAGAAGAGAACCACCGAGCAGAAGCAACAGAAACAGCAAGACCCAAAGUUCGACACAAGCGUCAGCACCACACAGAAACCCGAGGAGAAGAAGGCGCCUCUCAGUGAAGUGCCCAGCAGUACCAACAACAACGAGGUGACCAGCAGCGACGCCCCAGCCUCGGCGAAGGACGGCGUACAGUCGGCGACGACCACGCAGUACCUGAGGAGCCACUAUGAGACUCUCAAGAAGUUCCUCGACCGUGAGAGGGAGGCGCGAAGGAACCAGGACAUGGAAGAGGAGCUGAAGAACGAGAGGCUACAGAGGCGAGCUGUCCAGAAGAGGUUCGCGGUGGAGCAGGAGACCCUUCCGCAGCAGCUGGCCAGUCUCAAGAAGAAAGUCUAAGCCGCACCGCCCACCGGAACGACCGACCUUCAAGCGUCCAUCACGUCCACACCGGAUGACGAGGGCCAUUGAUCCGACUGUUUCAGGAGAGCCGCGUGGAUCCUUCUCACCGACACUCUCAGAACCCUUCAAGAGGAUGACGAACAGUGCAGCGGAAAGAGAUGCGGAACGGCGGGGGAACAAGAGGCAAGGUAGACAGACGAGGGCCCCGCCGCGGGUGAUGGCGAAGAGGCAAGAACUAAGACGGUUCCUUCGACGCCCGGGACGCGAGACAAUAGUGAAAGCCGAUGUGACGCCGCCGACGCCGUAUUUUUACGUUCAAGUUUCAAGACGCGUCAUAAGGACCUUCGUGGAGGGAGCAAGAUUCUCUGCAUGCAUCGCGGGAACCCAAGUUACUACGCACACCCCGGCUUAAUCGCUAUUGUCCGCUGCACGAGGCUGUUACUUCUUUAUCGGAACACAACGGAAUAGUCACUUCAUUUAUCCGAGUUUCAUGGUUGGCAAGAGAAAACUCUAUCAGUAGCGAUGUACCAACACCCGUGGGGCCACCUGGCAACUGGGGACUAUACAUUCACGUCGCUGGUCUUCUAUCUGCUAGUUUUCUCAUUAUUUCCAAGUCAUCAGUCACUUCCCCCAGUAAACAUUCAUGUGAUCAAGUCCUUAGUUCGUAGAUUCAUUUUUAGCGAGGUCUCGCGUUUUGUGAUAUGCAAGUAGCAAGGCUCUAGGAAUCGCCAACACUCGUCUUCGUCCCGUUUGAGUGUUGCGGGCUGCCCACUCAUCACUUCUCCUGUAUACGCUCACCGGCAAGUUACCGCCACCUCUCUCUUACUGUUUACGUUCAGAAUCAGUUGACAGGUCGAAAAGAUACUCCGGAAAUAGUGUUAUGAGUUCAAAUACGGUUAGGCAGACGCAUCAUCCUGCCUUGCGUGAUUGAAGUAACUAAUCGACUCCUACAAAGUCCUGCAUCUUCAAGAGGAUGUUCUUAGGCAAGGAUGUUGAAGGCAAUCGGAGUUUCCAGCAAUACUUUCGUCCGGUGAUCACUUCCUCGAGGACCAUCUUUCUGCAUGACUUUCCCCGCCUUGGUUGUCGUUGAGUUCUCGCCCACAAGACCAACCACUUUGUUUCUGACCCGCGUUUGGCAAGACUGUAAACCAAAAUGUGCUACAAUUUGUACCUGUUUGUAUGAGUUACUUUUUUUAUGCCAUUAUUUCAGACAUGUGCAAAAAGUAAGGUCUUAGGGUUUUCGCCCCACUUUUCUACGGGGACAUCAAGCACUCUCGCCACGCAUUUCCGGUGUUGUGUGUUCUUGCCUAAAGGGGCUGGCAGUGUGCGGGCGGCGCGGCGAGGGCGGGGAGCGGCAACGCGCCCUCCGCCCCGCCUCGCCCGCGCCCCCGCAUGGCUUCAAAGCUUCGAGCCCACCCUCGGGUGCGGUUCAACCUGUAUUAUUACGUCGGGUUUUUCCAGAUGCCAAAUAGUCAUACUCAAUGUAUUAUGAAAUCCUUCUUCCAAGGAUAUUGAACUUGUACAUUGUAUGUACCAUAUCACCUCAAAAAUCAAAUGAAUUAUUUUUGUAUUAUACAAAUAAGAGCACCACCUGACUGUUGCGCCUGCACACCCGCGGCGGCCCGCCAGUGUGCACGGCGGCGCCGGCGGACCUUCCUCCAGAGCGGGGGUCCGAACGCCUUCAGGCAAGGAACUCAUUUCUUGAUAUGUGAUACGUACUUUCUCUGAUCUUAUCAAUAAACUUGUAUCUUUUCCUAUGUAGAUUAUUAUUAUAGGAGCCACACUGAUACGAAGCCGCUCCUAUCACGGGGGGGCGACCACCAUCAACUCUGCAAUGUAAUAAUAUUGUACAUCUUAAUACUAUACUAGUAUGGGACUUAACCUUCUGACACAUAUUCUUUGUCUUUCGUACUGAUUUUCAAUAAAAUGUUUGAAUAUUC